AUGACAGAUGUUUCUCGAGAGAUCACUAUUUAUGCCAAUCAAAGUCUGACGUUGUCAUGUCAACCAAGAGAUAGUCCUAAAAACCUAGUUUACUGGCACUGGAUAAGUCGGAGUGAUAAGGUCAACGAAAAUCUAGUGAAAAAAGGGCCAACCUUUACAAUUAGGAAUGCAGCCAUUAACGACACGGGGUUUUAUUUUUGCUCUGCUGCAGAAUGGGGAAUUUGGGGAAUAUCGUACCACAUUUUCGUCAAUGUUAUAGGUAAGUUACUGAGAUCGUUUUGAAUGCAGAUCUAACAAGUUGAGUCAUUUUGAUCCGUUGAGUCAAUUAAGUUUCUAUAGAGCUAUGAGAAGGGUGGGGGGGGGGAGAGGGAGGUGUCUGAGUACUCCGUAUCUGAGUACUCCGUGUCUAAUUGAUUUUUGGCAUAAAUUUCCUCAGUUCCAGUUCAGUUAUCUCGGAAUCUCUAUUUUAAAUAUCCCGUAUCCCGUUAUUUUUCCCUCAAGUAUCCCGUAUCCCGUUAAUGUUUUACCCAGAUAUUACGUAUCCUGAUUACACCUAACAAGGCCUCAGUUAUAUGAUAUAAGAACAAAAAAGGACACCCAAUAUUUGGUGGGGGUAAGUUUCUAAAGGAACUGUGGUGCUGUGUCCGUGGGAGGGUAUAAGAAAGUAACUUGGUAUUAUCAACUAAGUUGAUUCCGUAAAGAGUUUGUUAGAGGCUGACGUUUCGAGCGUUAGCCCUUCGUUAGAGCGAGGGGCAAUUACUCUGACAAGGGGCUAACGCUCGAAACGUCAGCCUCUAAUAGACUCUUUACGGUGACCAAUUUACGUUAUCAACUCAGUUGAUGAUACCAAAUUACCCCACUAUUUGGUACGAAAUAAAUUCAUCUUGAAAGGAAAGUAGGCAGUGACCAGUUAACAAGUGCACGUAAGCACAAAAAGGAGAGGCCGGGGGAACAGAAACAAUUCGCUUUGCGCAAUGCGAACUGCGUGCGAACAAUUUGCAUUCACCAUUUCUAUCAAUCUUUGCAAUCGUUCUUUGGGACGUCACGCAACGCUCUUCGGCCCCAAACUCACUUUAGAAGUAAAGUCGCGCGACAUUUCAGUAAACAGCUGCGAAUUUAAGGAGAUUGCAACUUGUAUGCAGGCAUAAGUGGCAGUUGUUUUAAUUCUGGCCUAGACCUGGCCAGGUAAUCGAAUUUAAAAAAAUAUGUGAUAAGCGUACUAGCUCACGUCGAAACAUCGGGCAUAUAUCUGGGUGUAUGACCUCUAGCCUACGUGCAAGUUGUCAUUGGCACGGGGGAUUUUUGCGAACUCUGUGAGGGUUGAAUGGGACAAGGCUCUAGGAAGUCACGCAACGCUCCACUUCUUGACCGGAGUGUCGCUUGACAGUCCGAGACUAGGUCGUUAUUGUGUGACUCAGAAAACUGUGAACCGCUUUGUCUCGAUAAUGACAAGUCAGUUGCUUGCUGUCCAAUCAAGAUAAAGCGUGGAAGCUUCAAAACCACAAACUAAUUACCGCUGUCGCUUGUCGCGCCUAAUUGGCUUUUCCCUUGGAACGUAAUAACAUCCGAUUUCAUAAUUUACUAAGUUUCACAGUAAGUCUGUCAUCUUCUUUCAAAAGAGCCAGGAAAACUAUCUUGUGCCAACGGCUGGAGUUUCUACAAGAACUCGUGUUUCAUGCACUCCUCCCAUGCCGUGGAACGUGAGUGGGGAGGAGCAUCCUCUUACUGCACUGACUCCUCUGCACAGCUGGCUAGAGUCUCACGCGAUUCAGAUGAUGAUACUCUACGCUUUUUGAGUGUUCUAUCCAGGCGAUCCUUCCCAUCUGUGCCACCCCUCAGUAAUGCUUUCACCGUUUGGGUUGGAUCCCCUUUGGGGAAUCACCUGGGUAGGAUAAGCAGGUGCACUAAAUUAGAUACAAGAAAUGGAAAAUUAUCCAAGUCUGCUUGUACAGAAAAAUAUACCUUUAUAUGUGAACGAGGUAAGAGUUUUCAUCCUUUUUUCGCUGGGUGUAUAGAUCGAAGCAUUUUUUCUUGCGCUGUGUAAGAGGGGGGGUGGGGUGGAGGAGGAUUUAAGUCGCAAUAAAAUCAUCUGAUGCCUUCAUGAGGCUUAGUAUUAUUCGAAUGAUGCCUCCCUUAUUGGCAGUUGAUUGGCAGACAACUUUCUUAAGCCCCCCCUUUUACUCUGCUGGCAACAACAGAAUUCCCCCCCCCCCCGUUCCCACACCCCCACUUCCUAGCAGUGGAUGGUAAUAUCGAUUGGUCCCUCAUAGCUCAUGUGCCUCAUGUUCCUCGUAUUAAGUGCUAUGUGCAGUUAACUUAAUAAGUUCCACAGUGAGGUAUACUCGAGUCAGUAAGGUCCACUGUGUUGUCCAUCGAUCAAGUUUUACAUAACACCUGUUCUGUUACUGCAUGUAUCGCCCAAACUUUUGUUUACAAAUCAAACAAAGAACUUUUCCUCGUACCAUGCUGUUUCAUGUGGUAUUUUACUCACAAAACAUAUUUCAGAAAGGGAGAGAAGAGGGAAGUUGUUGCCUUUUUCCUGUAAGCAUUGAUAUUUUAAUAACGUAACAAGUUUUUUCUGAUCUUCAGAUUGUUGAAAUUGCAUGCCAACAGUUGCACCAUCGUAGUUUAAAGGCCCAUUUCCAACCUUGAUGCAACGCGGUCGUUUGUUUUUGUUUGAAACUACCGCUUUUGUUUAAAUAGUGCCUCUGAUUGGUCAGUCAUUUUUACCUAGUCACGUUGUCUCAAAAUAGCUUGUGCGUUUUCUCCGAUGAGUUUGGUGAGCUUGUCAAAAUAGUUCUGUUUAAAACAGUACUAGACGUCUUAAUCCGGUGUGGAAUCAGAUUAAUCCAUUGAUUUAGUAGAUUCUGAGGAAGUAAAUGCUUAUGGAUCGGUUGUUGCUAAAGAGGAACACGAAAAUCCAUGCGAGCAUUCUGAGGAAGGUGAAAAUGUUGAUCCACCACGUUUUCAUUCAUACAUCAAUUUUUUUUAUUGAUGUUUGCCAUCCUUGUUAAAUAGGACCAAGGGUCAGUUGAAGUUUCCUGCUCGUGGAGAGGAGCUUGCGCUCGAAAGGAUGGCUGAGGUUGCUGAGAAUGCAAAGCAGCAAAUAAAAAUUGAAACGUAAACCAUCAGUGUCCCUGACGUUCCUGCAAUGAAGUGAUUAAACGUUUGGCAGCCGGACAUGGUCUUAAAAUAAUUAAACUUCCAGCAGUCCGAUAUUUUCCAUAUUUUUCUUCGAAAUCCAAAAAAUAUUUAAACGAAAAUGUUCUACCUUUAUUUACAAUCCUCAAGUGCUUCCAGGCAGCCUUAAAUUUUGAACUUGAUAUUUCUCGCUAACCCUGUAUACAGAGUACGAAGCCAUCCAAGCGCUUGACACUUAGAAACUUUUCAAUGACACGGCUGGACACGGUCCUCAAAUAACUCUACAUUUCUCUUUGAAAUAUGCCAAUUUUUCCUUGGAAAAUAUUCUACCUUCAUUUACAAUCCUCAAGCACGGCUAGAAUGCGAAAAAAUUCAAACGUUGUCCGUUUCGCCGACCCUGUACACAGAGUACGAAGAGAUCCAAGCGUGACACUACAAGAUUUCCAGCGGACACUACCGGACACGGUCUUCGAAUAACUAAACCUCCGGCAGUCUGAUAUUUUUCUAUAUUUCUCUUUGAAAAAUCCAAUUUCUAUUGGAAGAUAUUUCAUCUCUAUCUAGAAUCAUCAGGUGCUUCCAGAAAGUGAAAAAAUUCGAAAGUUGUCCUUUUCGCCGACUUUGUUCACAGAGUACGAAGACAAAAUACUGUAAACUAUAAAAUGACGAACGGCGAAUGUAUGUACUGUAAAACAGUUGACUAUGUGUCCUGGAUGGCUCUUGAGAAAGACGAUUUUAGAAGGUUUUCAGUAAUCUGGGAAUUUCGUGUUACUGGAAAUUGGGUUGAGGCGCGCGUUGCAUCAAGGGUGAAAAUGGGCCUUUAAUCCAGAACAAUUAGCAUUAAUCAUAGAGUGUCAAUUAUUCAUCAGUCAGACUUUUUUAAACGGAUAUGCCAUGCUCAUACAUUUAUUAGCGAUUCUAAAGAAAAGUGUGACGUGGGAGGGGGGGAAGGGAACAUUUUCAUCUUUUCCUAAGAUCUUUGCUUGGUGUCAAAACUCUGUACAUCAGCCAAUGGAUUCACGUUACUUGUACGCAAGCCUGACUCGUACCAGUAUUUGAGGUCAGUUCAUUUUAUUUUCUUUUGCUAUAUUUACAGUAUUGCCAGGUGUCCCUAAAGGCGUUUCCAUCGAAUAUAUGAACUCUUCUGCUGUCCGUGUGGGAUGGAAUUUGCCUUUUCCUGGUAGCAACGUAACAAAUCAUUAUGUGGAAUUGUCUAUUGCAUCCGGGAAUGUUAUCAAACGGCAAUCAUCAUACGGAAAACAAUCAGUCAUUUUCACACGUCUCCAGAGCAACACACAAUAUAAAGUGCGAGUACAAGCCGAGAAUACCGCGGGGAAUGGGUCAAGUUCACCGUAUGUAUCGUUCAAGACGAAUGAAAGUAAGUCGCGUCAAAGAAGUCUAUGCAAAUUUGUGCGUUUCGAUGCUUUAAACCCAACAGUCUAAGGUUAAAGAGAAACAUUGAAAACGUAAGAACUGUUGACGAAAAUGAAAAACUUUGGGGGAGGGAGGGGGUUGCUGUUUCAAUGCAAUGUGUUCAAAGAUAAUAAGCCUCCCGUUUGUUGCUAAGCUCGGUUAAACUGUAUGCACAGAGUACCGUCUUACGUCAGUGAAUCUACUGCACCUUCAGAAUUUUGCACAUUGUGUCACUGACAAAUGGUACCCUUCCCAGCUGUUGGCUGAAACUGUAGUUGAAAUCAUAAAUUUCGAUACAUUCUCCAGAUGUUCCGGUCAUUUCCACCCCAGCAAAGAACAACCAAGUGAUUGCUGGUCACUCUGUUACACUUCGGUGUGGUCAGCCGCACCAGACCGUCCAGUGGUACAGAGACAAAAGCAGUGUACCCCUAAACGUCAGUGGCCAAGAACUAACUAUUCACAGCGUUUCCUCAAAGGAUGAAGGUACCUACCAUUGUCAGGUGGAUAAUGGUCUGAGAGUGUCCAUGAUAGUCCUGGUUGUUGGUAAGUCCAUGAAGGUUAAUCGGUCUAGAGGGUAAUUUAAUAUGCAUAUGUAAGCAAGGUUUCUGAAAUAGUUUGGCGGUAUACUUUUCCUUUCUAGCAUGUUACUUUUUUUACAUUGUGUGAACCUUGUAUAGUCAGAGAGGGAGGAUCUUUUUCAGCGUGAAAGGACUUUCUUUGCUUUAGACAUCUACGGUUAUUAUCUUAGAUGGUAACUCAAAAGGUCUUUUCUGGCUUAUCGCUUCUUUCAUCACUCCGCUAUUACUAUUAUGCUUUAAAAGGUCAUCAAUAACAUGAAACAAUACAACGAAUUGAACACCCCGAAAUCGAGACGCAAACAAGCAAACAAAAAAAAAAUCUUGGCAAUAUGCAGUGAAAAAGAAAAGCGAAAAAAAUAGAUAACGAGGAAGCUAAAAAAAUAUAUAAAGACAUAACAAAUACUAACGGCUCCUACAUUAGCACUGAAUGGCUCCUAUACAUGUGUACAUUCAGCUGCCAAGAGCGCUUUGCCGGUGUCCAAAAGAAUGCAAAAAUUUUCCAAGAAUUUGGCCCACGCAGUAAAAUGCACCUUACCUGUCCAUCAGAUUGACCGCCAAAGUAUUACAAGAAAUCUCGCUUUGCAGCUUAGAAAUAUGUUUCUCUUCAUUAUUUUUAAUCAGAGCAUCCUGUUGUAACUGAAGUUAAAGGAAUUAUUCUUAAACAAAACGACAACGCAAUGAUGAAAAGAGAACUUCUGCUGCUUUGCAACACGGCAAACAGACACCCGCUAAAGUACGCAUGGUUUAAAGAUGAUGAACCGCUGAUUAAUGGAGAGGACUCAGUCAAAGUUUCCUUGCAAGACGAUGAAACCAAAUACACAUGUCAUGUGUCAAACAUAGCCGGAAAAACUUCCAGAUCCUUGGUCAUCUCCCCUAUGGGAGGACCAGGUGAGGAGAAGGAUUCAUUUUUCUCAAAUCUUCAUCAAAAAUACUUUCAUAUUCUAGUUAAGCGACAAUCGAUUUCAAAAUUAGUGUAAAAAUUUAGUAAAACUUAUGCGUCAAAUAACCUUUUCUCGGACUAAAGUCCCUAGAGUGGAGGUAUGGGGGUGCUCCUUCCCCCAUUCCCCCCCUCCCCCUUCAGCUGUUUAGAGUAUGCGGAUGACCAAAUAGCAUAGAUAUCAUGAAGUUUGAUAAAAUCACAAAGCUAACCGGUGGGCACUGUCUGAUUGGAUUGUUUUCCACGACACGACCUCAUUUCGGAAAUUUUAAACUGCACAGUAAAUACUCUAACUUAAAUUAAUAAUGAUAAUUUGGUUAUUAAUUUGAUUUUAAGAUUUUCCUUCUUUUCAAUGUUUAAUUAUUUUUUUCUAUCUUUUGAAGAAGUAUCAGAGGUCGGUCACGGUACCGAUCGCUCCUUGUCAACCAAUUUGGUCAUCGUCAUUGCUGUUUUGUCCGUUCUCCUCAUAAUCUGCUCUGUUGUGGGUUUUACCCACAGAAAGAUCACAAAGUUAAUAACUGAGAAAAGGAAAUCCAGAAAAUUGACAGUGCAGAGCACCUCUACUGAGAUGGCAACUGUGGAGGAAAUGGAGUCGCCGAGACCAGAGUCACGGACCGAAACUAUCAUGCGUGAUAACGAUGAGGUUUUCCCAUAUGAUGUUAUAUCGGCAUGGACUGAUUCAAACGGGCUUUACAUGAGCUUGAGACGCGAGGGAAACGAUGGCGAACUUGAAGAUGCCACGCAAGUUGCAAGAACUGACUAUACUAACAUUUCCCCUAGCAAUCGUAACGAUAGCGCAGCUAAUUGCAUGUACGCCCCAUUGAUUCAUACUGCAGGAUUGCAAAGUGCUAGAGAAAUGAAACGUCCAUACGUGAACGUGGACACCAUAGAGACUUCAUCAGAUAUGUAGAAAAAACCUUAUAUGGUUAUCAAAUGGCCUUUAAAAAGGCUAUUUCCUUGUAAAACCUUGUAAUUUCUGGUUUUGCUCCUGUUUGGCUGAAAACGGCGCGAAACAGAAUUAAUGUACAUUUAAAUUGUGUUCCUCAAGUGCGAAGCCGAAGUGUGAAUACUACUAUGUUUGACUCCUUGACUUUGAGACGGUAACGAAGCCAUCUAAGAGUAGUUUACCUUUAGUAGCAACCGCUCUGUAUAUUUUGUAGUUGGACUUAUCAUUAUUUUUUUUUUUUUGAAAUUUUACUCGCCUCAGAACGUUCAGUUAGGUCUUUUUACCCCUUUGGUAUAGUCUACCUACGGAGGACUUUGGAAUAUAAAGGUUAACAAAAAGGAAACUCCCAUCCCUCAAAGCAAUGAAGGAUAUGUCUUGAAAUGAGGAAAGGAUGACCCAGAUACCUUUUAAUUUAUGUCCAAGAAAGUAGGUACGUGCGCUAGGUAAGACAGUGACGAAAGAGAGCUGGGGAAGCGAGCUGUAUUUUGAUCCCGAAGCAGGAGUUGAAUUUAACCCUUUACACCAUAACAUCAGUAUGCAUAUUCUCCUUGUUGUUCUGUAUAAAGUUCUGAGGUGCUGGCAAGGGGAAUUUGUUUAACAAGCAGGAGCUUCUGUACUUGAUGAUUAUUUUCCUAAUUCUUGUCACCUUACUGAGUGAUUCAUGGGUGAUGUUGUAAGGAGAAAUUAGAUGCUGAUCACUCCAAGGGGUCAAAGGAUUAACAUAGUGCGGAAGUAGAUACCUUUGUACACUUAUAGCAGAUGAAUAUGCUUUGUUGUAAAUACGAUUAGCUACAGAAUUUGUUCUUGGAUCUAUGUUGGUACAAUUGAUAAUUAGUAAUUAGAAACAUAUUGGACGAGGCUUAGAACGAUCUAAAGUAUAUCGGAUCUCCAUCUUCCUGGGAUGGUGUAAAAUAUUUAGGACCGUGCCAACAAUUGAAUAGUGUGAUUACAAUAUAAAUGUUUUAACACACGAAUUAGUGUUGUAAUUGAUCACCGAAGUACUGUCGUAAUCAAGCUAAAAAGAUUCUAUGUUAAGUUAGCUUAGAUGGGAAGAUUCCACAAUGAAAUCUUGGUUGUACACUUUGCUUAUUCUAAGGUUUUAUGUGUUAAUAUAUCAACCGAAUAAAGAAAAUUAUGAUAC